AUGGUGAUCAAGACUGGCCUUCUAGCUGUCCUCCAGCUGUCGUUGCUCUGCCUAUUAGCGCUUGGCUCGCCUGUCGCUUCAGCAGCUUCUGCUCCGAUCGUGGAUCUUGGCUAUGCACAAUAUCAAGGCGCUGUAAAUACUACUACUAACACCACGAGCUUCCUCGGUAUUCGUUAUGCUUCCCCCCCUAUUGACAACUUGCGUUGGGCGGCGCCGCAACCUCCGCCAACGUUGACCGGCGUACAGCAGGCUACUGAGCAGCCAAAUGAGUGCUAUCAAGCUCCGACAGGUAACGCUUCGACCAACCCUUUCAUCACCGGCUCCCUGGCCAAACGCGCUGUCAGCGAGUCGGAGGACUGCUUAUUCCUGAAUGUGUAUACCCCGGGUGAGGUAGUUAGCGCUGCGACGUCUGGUGGCCUUCCCGUUAUCGUUUGGAUUCAUGGAGGAGGAUAUAUCUCCGGGGCUGCGAGCCAAUUCAAUGGGGCAGACUUGAUCAUGGACUCUGAUCACGGCGUCAUUGUGGUGCUCAUUCAGUACCGCCUUGGUCUGUUUGGGUUCUUGUCUGGCGAGGCAGUCAAGGAGGGCGGUGCUCUGAACGCUGGGCUUCUUGAUCAAAACUACGCACUGCAGUGGGUUCAAUCACAUAUUAGCACCUUUGGUGGUGACCCAUCAAAAGUGACGAUCUGGGGUGAAUCCGCAGGUUUGUCGAACACCAACACACUGUCGACUAUAUCACUGAUGGUGACGCUUUCUUAA